AUAUGUGAUGAUGACGAGCGAGGAGGCACGGCCACGUAAAAUAAAAGUUCGGUGGGAUUUUCUCGCGAAACAAACGGAUGGAGUAGAAAUUCACCGUGUUUUUGCCUCCAAAAACCUGACAUCAUUUGCCAAGAAAGCAGAGGAGAGUGACAAUGGGAGCAUCAUCUUCGAUAGUGCAGAAGGGUACGAGCGAACAACGAGAGGUGGAAAGUCUAGCUGCUUCCACAGGAGCUAUGCCGAUGCUUCAAAAUUCUUUCUCCAAGCUUGUCAAUCCUCAAACAAAUGCCAUUCCUCUUCAAUCCCUUCAGCAAGUCUUCUGUUUAAAUUAUAAAAACCCAGAUUGUGAGGCAUCCAACAUUCCUGAUUGCUUUCCGGGAUUGUUGGAUCAUUUGGGUGCAUCCAUAGUGGACCUAUUUUUCAUCACUGGGAGAGAAGGAGUCAGUUGGAUUGAGUUUUUGAGAGGUUAUUUGAAAUGUUGUGGGAGGAUGCCUGCCUCAAUGGCUCUCAACGCUUUGCUGAGAGUAUUUGCCACAACCUUUACAAAAGCCGGUCUUCCUUUGAAACUGGAGUUCGAAUCCAGCGAUGAUGAUUGUAAGAUAAGUGGGUCUUUUCUAGCCACUGAUGUUCUUAUGCUUCUCUGGAUGUGUUGGACUAUGUUGUGGGAUUCCAGUACUUCAAGAUGUACGAAAGGCAAAGAAAAUCUACGUCUCCCAGAUGUUAAUCACUUAAUACUAUCAGCAGUUGUUUCGUGUACUGAAGUUGACAGUGGUUUCAAUUUGUGGGAUUGUGGCAUCUCAGCCUUGGAAGUUGAGCUUCCCGUUGGGAAGUUUCUUACCUGGGACUUGACAACAGUACCAAGCCUCACAGAUUGCUUCACACAUUUUGUUAAUGUGAGACUUCAAAAUUCAGUUUCUUCGGAGGUUAAGUCAGAACUUUCAUCUUCAUCAUUAGGAAAAAUCCCUCCAAGAGAGGUAUGCAAUAUUCAUCUACUAACUCAUGGAAGAGCAUGGGCAAUUUCUCUUUCACUCAAGGGUACAAUAAGUGCAGAAAUUUUGAAACCGCACUUACCUAGCGACAGUGAUGAGACUUUAGAAAAUCUUCUAUACCGGUCUUCUUUUCAUGGGAGGGGCUUGAACAGAUUCUGGUCUAACAUUGAGGGUUAUCAUGGACCAUUGCUGUUUUUAGUUUCUGCUGCCGCUGGAGAUGUCCAUGAGGAUAGUACCAGUGUCAGAAAAUGGAUCACAGGGAAAGAUAAGAACUUUGUUUACAGCCAUUUGCAUCCCACUGGCCGAGCCUAUGAGCCAUAUCCCAAACCUGUGGGAAUUGCAUUUGGAGGAACCAUUGGGAAUGAGAGAAUAUACAUUCACGAAGAUUUUGCUAGAGUUACUAUUCGCCAUCAUGCGGUUGACAAAACUUACCAACCUGGUUCCCUUUUCCCAUCUCAGGGUUUCCUCGCAGUUGAAGCUUUGAUCUCUGAAGUUGAAGUUUGGGGAUUGGGUGGGAGGACAGCAAAGGAAGUCCAAGCUUCAUUUAAGAAAAGAGAGGAACUUUUCAUUGAGCAUAGACGCAAGGCUAACUUGAAAACUUUUGCAAGCUGGGAGGAUUCCCCUGAGAAAAUGAUGAUGGAUAUGAUGUCUGACCCCAAUGCAGUACGAAGGGAAGAUCGCUGAAUAAAAUUGUGCAAGAUGCCUUUUUUCGGAGAGUGUAAUAAUCAUGUACAAGAGUAAGUUAGAUUAGGUGGAGUGGAUAGUCCUGUGUUAGUGUGUUUCUUCAUCAUGUGGCUGUACAAAUUUCUAGAGAAGAGUUGUUAUCCAAUCAAAGCCUGGAAUGUACAAGUGUGACGCUGACCUCUGGGAUAUAUUCAAACCUUAAAAGCUCCUGAAAGUUGUAAUUAUAAAAUAAUCAACAUAAAAGUUAAAUGUACCAGUUCAUUUGUGUGUGAAAAUAAGAUUCUGCUGUUUUUGCUUGUGUUAAA